CCUUAAUUUACUUUAUUUUAAUUCCAAUUUUCGUGAUUCUCUCGUCUCUUCCCUCUUUUCUUUUUUUUUUCCUUCCUAAUUUCUCUUUCUCCUUCUCAUCUAUAAAGCACACCGGACCUUUCCUCCGCUAUCCUUCUUUCUUCUCUCGCCUAACUUUACUUCAUUUUCUUUCUCUGUUUAUAUUUUACUACCUACUCCAACAGUUUCUCAACGCAGCUGUACAGUUAGAAACAAAGGAAUUUAAUGUUAGAAAUACACCGGAAGAAGGCUACGGUUGAAUUUUGGUUUCUGUUCAAUUAAGUUUCUGUUUUAUGUUAAAUAGGGAUAUUAAUUGUUAAUAAUAUAAAAAAAAAAACGUCAAAGGGGAAAAGAUGAAGCAGCGUGCCAUCCAACAGAACGCUAUUGGAAGCAGCUGUGAGGAGUUGCAGAGCUCUAUUUCGGUUUCAGUUAUGGUUACGGAUCGGAGAGAGACUAUGGUCUGCCCAAAACCACGUCGUUUGGGUCUCUUAAACGCCUCUUUCAACGACCAGCCAGUUCGGUCCCUCAGAUGGCAACUUAGCCAUCAAACUGAGCUUUGUGAUUCGAAAGCAGGGAGUGAUAUUUUGGAUAUGAUUCUUACAAAGGGUGGUUGUAGAGCAGAACAAGUAGCGUCGUCGCCCCCAUUUUUUUGUGGGUCGCCGCCGAGUAGAGUAGCUAACCCAUUAAUACAGGAUGCUCGAUUUGGGGAAGAGAAGAUGGUCAACCCGCCGUCUCCAAAUCCGCCUCCUCCUUCGUCUCCGUCAUCAUCUUCAAGGAAAGGAGGGUGUAUUCGGGCCAAUUUUGGUAACAAACCAGCAGUGAGAGUGGAGGGGUUUGAUUGUUUUGCACUGGCUUAGAACCCAUUUCUAUCAACAAAAGAGUACAUAGAUAAAACAAGAGGAGCUACCAAAACAGGGAAGGGAAUUUUGAAAUUGUAAGUGACUGAAGAGAAAAAAGCAAAGAACCCUUUGUUAGUGUAAAUAUAUGGAUAAAGGGUUGUUUGUAUGUAAUGAAAAAAGAACUUGGUGUCUUGUAAGUAUGUGAGAGUAAGUUGAAUAGAAAUAAGGAGAGAGGAGCGUAGGUUAAUGUUUAGAUAAUGGCUUGGGUGUUUUUUCUUUGUUUUUGGGUUUUGUAAAGAGUCUCAAGUCAAGAAGGGAAUUUGUUGUGUAUUUAGUGGAGUGAUUUAAGUAAAACACUGGAACAGUGUAUAUAAAUCCAACUGCUGUUUGCUUAUGAAUCACGCCAAUGUGGCUGGAAAUCCUGAUACGUAAAGAA